AUGGCGGACCGGCGGCGAAGGAGGAGGCGCGCGUCCCAGGACAGCGAGGACGACGACGAGUCCGGUUCGGGUUCGGACAGCGGGAGGUCCGGCUCCCCCUCCACCAAGCCCCGGGCCCGGGACCCGGACCCGGCGGAGGCCACAGCGGGGCGGCCCGAGGCGAAGAGCGACGUGGAGUCCGAGUGUGAGAGUGAAGAUGGCGUCGGAGAAGCCGUCCUCUCUGACUACGACAGCGCCGACCCGGAGGAAAACGGCUCCCACUCAGAGGAGGAAGUAAACUCUGUGUUCCCUCAGGGGGUGGAGGAGGAAGAGGAAGCCGAGCAGUACAGCGACGAAGAGGCUCCGGCAGCAGCCAGCGAGCCCAAACCGACCAGCGCCACCACCGCCGGGCCGACACCAGGAGAGGAGGAGGAGGAGGAAGAGGAGGCCGAAGAGGAGGAAGCCGAGGGAGAUGGAGGAGGACCAAGAAAAGAGGAGAACAAAGCGGAGGAGAAAGGAAACCUGGCAGGAGAAAGGCAGAGCGGAGACGGACAGGAGUCCACGGACGAUCCGGAGACGAAAGCCGGAGGGAAACCGGGUCAGCAGCUGGACGACGACGAGGACCGGAAGAACCCGGCUUACAUCCCGAGGAAAGGCCUGUUCUUUGAGCACGACGUCCGAGGCCACACUCAGGAGGAGGAGAGACCCAAAGGCAGAAACAGGAAGUUGUGGAAGGACGAAGGCCGCUGGGAGCACGACAAGUUCAGGGAGGAGGAGCAGGCGCCCAAGAGCCGCGAGGAGCUCAUCGCCAUCUACGGAUACGACAUCAGGAACGGCGGCGGCAGUUCAGGAGAGCGAACGUUCAGGCAGCGCCGACCCAGACAGAGUUCGUCUCCCGGCAGAGACAAGCGGUGGAGGGACGGAGACCGACCGGUCCGGUCCUGGCACAGCGGACCAGGAGGAGGAGGACCGACCCGGGGAGGAGCUGCUCCGCCUUCGUCCAUCCACCCCUCGUCUUCCUCCCCGUCCUCCCUGCUGUCUGCUCAGCGCGGCUCCAACCCCUCCAGGCCGCCGCCCUCCCGCAGCAGGCCGACCCACCAGAACCAGCACCAGAACCAGCUGCACCUCCCGCCUCAGGCCCAGUACCGGAGCGCCGAGCCGCCCCAGAUGCACCGAGACCGACCCAAAGCCCAGUCAGAGGCAGCAGGGGAGCGGGUCAGCCGGGGAGGGCGAGGAGGCGGGUCGCGAGGCGGUCCGUCUGUGGUCAUCGAGGACAUUGCAGUCAGCGGCGCUGCAGAACCGGACCUCAAUCCGGUGGCCGUGACAACGGCGGCAUCGCCUCAGCCUGGAUACCAGGCGGCUUCACCAAGACGCCAGCAGCAGGACCAGCGAGGCGGCGCCGACAGGUCCGGCUCAGCGGCCUCCACCUCCGACCCCUCCCCCCAGUCAUCGGCCGCCACGGCGACCAAUCGGGAGGCUUCUCCUCCCACCGAGCGGCCAGUGGAGCGUAAAUCGUACUCGCUGGCCCGCAGGACUCGGUCCCGGCCCGCGGACCUGGGCAGCAAACAGGCAUCCAUGGAGGAGUCGGGAGCCGGAGGUGGCGCCUCGUCCCCCGGCAGCGUGGGGGGGAAGAGCUGGGCAGGAGGGGAGGGGCCAGGCCAGACCGGACUGACGGAGCUGGACCAAGACCUGACCCGGCUCAGUCUGACCCGACAGACCUGGAGUCAGAGCCCGACAUCCUACAUCCGCUCCGAGAUGAGAGGCAUUCCCAACCCCCUGCACCUCCCCGGCGGCCCGCCUCAGUUCUCCAGCAUGGACGAGAUGGGCGUCGGAUCCAACCGGGCCAAACGUUACUCGUCCCAGCGCCAGAGAGCCGUUCCAGAGCCGGCGCCGCCCAUGCACCUGGGAGUGAUGGAGGGACACUACUACGAGCCCAUGUCGUACCAGGGACCAAUCUACACUCACGGUGAAGGCCCCGCCCCCAUCCCGCCGCAAGGCAUGCUGGUCCAGCCGGAGAUGCACAUCCCCCACCCCGGUCUUCAUCCCCACCAAUCAGGCGGCCCCAUCGCUAACCCCGCCCUCUACGGAGGCCCGCCUGUAUCCCUGUCACCGGGACAACCACAGCAGCUGCUGCCGCCGCCUUUCUACCCUCCGCCGGGCGUCAUGACCUUCCCCUACCCCGCCAUGUACCCAAGCCCACAGGGUCAGUCCCAGGUGACCUACGGAGGCGUCACGUACUACGACACGGUGCAGCAGCAGGCUCAGCCCAAACCUUCGCCGCCUCGCCGAACGUCUCAGCCCGUCACCGUGAAGCCCCCCCCUCCUGAAGUGCCCUUCGCCUCAGAGUGACUCCACCCCUCAGCCCUCCCUCACCUGUCUCAGCCUCACUCUGAUCCAGGAGCUACAGGAGUGGGGUGGGAGGGUCGGUGAGGAGUCGCAGUCGCCAACGGCAACCAACGCCGGCGAGGGAGGGCGGGACUGACGGACGGACGGACAGGUGGACGGACUCUGCAGGUGGCCCACAGCAUCACCGAUGGAUUAAGACUUUAUUUUUUAUUUCGUUCCCUUUUCGUUUCCAACCCUGUAGCAGUCGGACUGUCGCCGGUUCGAAUCCCGCCGACGUGUCUUUGAACCAGACUGUCGAGUUCAAACCCUUUAGUCGGAGCCGUCGGUGCUGUUCAAAGUCCAGUUCAAAGUAUUCUCUGUUUCCUUUUGUUUUUCCUCGCGGGGACGUUUUCUGUUGGAUUCCAGCUACGUUAACGGUUAACGUGUCAUUUUCAUCGUAUUCGCCACAAAGCGUUUGUUAAGAGACUGAAUUUACGGGCAGUUCGAGGAUGUUUGAAUCCGACCCGGUGCUUCCACGAGUUUCCGUCACAGCAGGUUGGUUAGUUUUGGAUGUUAUUUUGUUUCUUCUUCUACUUUUCAGUCAUGUCUUUUCUUUAAAGGGGAAAUGGACACCGCUGCAGACUCACCUUCAGCCUUUUAUCUCUGAUCAGAAUAUAAACACAACAUAGAUGAUUUAUAAUAUAGAUGAAAGUUCUUAUUAUUGUAUAAACAGCUGUAACUCCGCAACAAGAAGAGAAGUGACUUCAAACUACAUUUACUCUCUGUUUGUAAAUCCUCUAACAGCAUUUAUUAAAGAGUCACUCACCGUGUUCAGGCUGCAACCGACUGUCGUUAUUGGUUAUUUCCUGGAUGCUGUUGGUUCCCGUGAUGUCAGAAAUGGUUAAAAAUGUAAAUCAGAGUUUCUUCAAAUGUCUUGUUUUGUCUGAAGAUGUUCAGUUUGCUGUCAUAGAGGAAAAAAACCAGACGGUGCUCACAUGGAAGGAAACGUUUGUAGAUUCAUUUUAAAGUCGAACAGGAAGUGUUUCACAGGAGCUCAAGAAUCAUCAUGGAGCUAAAGAUCGAUCAACUGGUUUUCUGAGCAAAAAUGUUCAAAUUCGUGGCUCCGAUUUGCAAAUUCGAUGCUUUUCUUUGCCUGGAAAUCUUCUUGUUUCGACCUUCCUGCAGGAAUAAAAACGUUUUCUCUGCACCGCAAACCAAGCGGCAUUAACUCAGACGAGCCGUUUAACAUUUAGGUCGAUCAUGUGGCUGCAGGUCAGAAAUUACAAACAGUUCUCUGACAAAACUCUCAAUUUCUUUAUUAUUAGUCAGCUUACAAACACGUAAUAAAUGCAGCUUUGAGGACAGUUUUUAAGCAGCUUCUCCUUUUGGUUCAUCAACGGUUAAAUUAAUCUCAAACUGCUUUGAUAAACGAUUGAUCGGUUUGUGAUUUCAGUGCGAGUCUUUCCGACUUCUUCCACAGUAAACUGAACAUCUUCCACCAUCUUUUGACCAAACCGCUAAUCCAGGAAGUCAACAGCUGGUUAAAACCGUUGCAGUCCUGUUUCGCCGUGUAGAGAAUUCACCCUGAACUUCACGUUACUGACAUGUUCUUUGUGUAAAAGGUGAGUUUAACAGUAAAACCUGAUUUCCUUUGACGCUCAGACCGUCGGGUUCGUUUCCUCCCGACGGUCGGAGUUUGUAAAGUUGCACAGAAGCCGGUCGGAGCUGCUGGUUUGUCUUCACGUCGCUGUACAUAGAAUCUAAAUGUGUAAAUAGAAGAAGCUUGAAGAGAUAAAAAUAGAGCAGUUAAACAUAUUCUAAUAAAACUUCUAGCGCUGCAGCUUCUGGUUAAAAAGCAUCGGCAGGGACCUCGAAUGUUAACAAGAUGAUUUAGAGAAGCGACGACAAAGGAGCUGUGUGGCUUUAGCUUUCAUUUCUAUUUCCCCUUUUUGUUCCAUUUUAAUACUGUUUUUUUAUUGUUAUUAUUAUUAUUGUUAUUAUUAUUAUUAUUGGUAGUAAACGCAGCAGACGGUGUGUUUGUGUUGGAGCUGAAACUUAAUCGUUUGUUCUGCAGAAAUCGGAAAAAAAAAAAUCUGUUUUUUUUGUUUCGUUUUUUUGGUUUGAAGGUUUCCAGAGAUGUUUGUUAGAAGUUUGUUUCUCCUCCUUCAUGUUCUGUUUUCUGUUGAGAAUGAAGCUCGUAGUUUGAUGUCAAAUUAAAGUUUGUCUUUCUGUCAUCAAA